AUGUCAUAAUCUGUAAUAGUUCUGAAGAAUAAAGAAUACCAGAGUGCAUUAAUAGAAGUAUUUAUUUAUGAUUUAGUUUCCUUAACUUUUUGAUUUGAUUUCUGAGCAAAGGAUUAGUAAGUAGCAUCAUGGAUUCUGCCUACUUGGAUGUGUUAAUGGACUCUUUAGAAAAAAUGGAAAUAGAAGCUACAAGUGAUCUACCGGCAGAUGUAUACGAAAAAUUAUUAGCGUUAUAUUUAUAUAGGAAUGAUUUGUGUAACGCAAAAUUCUUAUGGAAACGUAUACCUGAAAGAGUUAAAACUGGUACUCCUGAACUAGGUAAUAUAUGGUCUGUUGGUCAAUAUAUGUGGAAAAAAGAUUAUCCUUCUAUUUAUAAAUCACUAAACUCUGUGGUAUGGUCUAAUACAGUGGGAGAAAUUAUGAACAAAGUUGAAGAAUCUGUUCGUAAUCGAGCCGUUGAGCUUAUUUCACAAGCUUAUUCUGCGGUUUCAUUAGAUACAGUUUGUGCAAUGACAGGUCUGGCUCCUGAUAUCUGUAGUAAAGCUUGUAUGGAAAAAGGUUGGAAGUUUGAAGCUGAUACCAAAAUAGUUCAUCCUAUUAAAAUUAAAGUAGAAUCUAUUAGUUCCACAAGUAGUGAGGACCAACUAUAUAAAUUAACCGAUUUUGUUUCAUUCUUAGAAAAUUAAUAACGUAUCUUGUAUAAAAUAAAUUAUUGUUUCUUUUAUUAAAAUUAAUUUCUGUUUGUAAA